AUGUCGGUACCCACACUUGUCAAGUCGUUUUUUUUUUUGUUUUCCGUGCAGGGAUUUAGACGUGCGCAAAUCAUGGAGGUUCAAAAUUGAUCUUGCCAGGAGAUAGCUUCAAUUUUAGUUAUGCAAUGGAUGUUUUUACUUUGAUAGCAUUUGUGAGUACUUGUUUUCUAAUCUUCCUGAAAACCUCCACGGCAAUUGACUCCAUCUCUCCAUCUGAGCCUCUCCCCGAUGGAAAGACUUUAAUUUCCAAUAAUGGAAGCUUUGAGUUGGGUUUCUUCCAUCCGGGCAGUUCUGGGAACCGGUACUUGGGAAUUUGGUACAAGAACAUCCCAGUCUGCACCGUUGUUUGGGUUGCAAACAGGGUGAAUCCAAUAAAUGACUCUUCUGGCAUGCUGAUGGUGACAACCACUGGUGAUGUUCAGCUUCUGAGUCAGAACAUAACUGUUGUUUGGUCAGCUAACUCAACAAAACCAGCACAGAAUCCUAAACUGCGGCUCCUGGAUUCUGGCAAUCUUGUUUUGAUAGAUGGCAGUGAUGAUUCGGAAGUUUACUUGUGGCAAAGCUUUGAUUAUCCAUCUGAUACACUGCUACCAGAGAUGAAACUAGGAUGGGACUUGAGAAUUGGCCUUAACCGGCGUCUCUCAGCGUGGAAGAACUCUGAUGAUCCAUCUCCUGGUGACUUUACUUUGGAAAUUGAACGACAGGGCAAUCCUGAGGCUGUGCUGUUGAAAGGCUCAGAGAUACAGUUCCGGUUUGGCCCCUGGAAUGGCAUAAGGUUUAGUGGGGCCCCAAGUUUAGGUCCUGAAAACCAAGUUUUCGGUGAUGAAUUUGUCUCCAAUGAAGAGGAGGUAUACUACAUGUUUUUCCUCAAAAACAAGUCUUUGCUCUCAAGGGUUGUUCUGAACCAAACUGACAACACAAGGCGGAGAUACACAUGGGAUGAAGAAACUCGAACAUGGAAGCUUUUCACAUUAUUACCUAACGACUAUUGUGACCAAUAUGGACUUUGUGGUGCAUAUGGGAAUUGUGACAGUACUCAAUCUCCAGCUUGCCAAUGUUUUCCAGGAUUCAAGCCUAAAUCACCAGAUGGAUGGAGCUCUGGGGACUGGUCUCAAGGAUGUGUCAGAAACAAGCCAUUGAACUGCCAGGCAGUUGACAUGAGACAGUUUCAAUCUGAUGAGCAGGAUCUGUUCAUUAGGAUGUCUGCUUCGGAAUCAGGAUCGAAGAGAAAUAAGACUAAGUUGAAGAUAGCACUAUUAACUGCAACUCCACUCGCUGCACUUCUGGCGAUACUUAUUUUAUGCUAUUACUUCUGCAAAAACAGGGGAAGCUCAGAAGAGAGAAUCAAAGAGAAGAAAGAAAAUGACAUAAAGAAUGAAGGCCAAGAUGAAGACAUGGAGCUUCCAGUAUUUCAACUAGCUACAAUAUCACAUGCAACUAAUAAUUUUUCGCUCAGCAACAAGCUAGGUCAAGGGGGUUUUGGACCUGUUUACAAGGGGAAAUUAGUGGAUGGACAGGAAAUUGCUGUGAAAAGGCUUUCCUCGAGUUCUAGACAAGGAGUAAAUGAGUUCAAGAAUGAGGUUAAAUUGAUUGCCAAACUUCAGCACCGGAAUCUUGUUAGGCUUCUUGGGUGUUGCAUUGAAGGGGAGGAGAAGAUGUUGAUUUAUGAAUACAUGCCUAACAGAAGCCUAGACUCAUUCAUUUUUGAUCAAACAAGGGGGAAAGAAUUAGAUUGGUCCAAGCGUUUCAGGAUCAUCUGUGGGAUUGCGAGGGGGCUUCUCUACCUUCACCAGGAUUCCAGAUUGCGGAUUAUUCAUAGAGAUCUCAAAGCUAGUAAUGUUCUUCUUGAUGAGGAGAUGAACCCAAAAAUUUCAGAUUUUGGGACGGCCAAAUCUUUUGGAGGAGAGCAGACUGAAGGGAGCACAAGCACAGUUAUUGGCACAUAUGGUUAUAUGGCACCAGAGUAUGUCAUAGGCGGGCUAUUCUCAAUAAAGUCAGAUGUCUUUAGCUUUGGCGUAUUAUUGCUAGAGAUAAUAAGUGGCAUCCAAAAUAGAGGAUUUUUUCAGCCACAACAUAGCCUUAACCUCAUUGGACAUGCAUGGAAAUUAUGGAAAGAAGGCAAUCCUUUAGAACUUGCAGCUGAAUCCUUGGGAGAGUGUUUCACUCUGUCAGAAGUUAUUAGAUGCAUCCACAUCAGUCUUUUAUGUCUACAACAGGAUCCUGAGGACAGGCCUCCCAUGUCAUCGGUGGUGAUGAUGUUGGGAAGUGAGAUCAAAUUGCCUCAGCCAAAACAGCCUGGUUUCUUGCUUGAAAGGACUCCACUUGAAAUGGAAUCUUCAACAAGUAAGCAUGACUCGACCACAAUAAACGAAAUCACCCACACGUACUUGGAGGCUCGAUAAAGGAUUAUAUAUAGUGAUGUACGUCAUGCCCAGAACAUUGUUCAUGGUUGCAAUUAGUACCUUAUGUUUUUUCAACAUCAAGACUAAAUAAACCUUAGGCCCUAAACUCCAAUGCAGAAACAUACCCUUAAAGUUCUUACUCAGACAUCAACAGGAGCAGUUAGUGUCCAUCCAGAAGCUGUCUUUUCACAUGUGGUUCGUAACCUUUUUCAUUUUAUUAAGAAAAAACAAAUGAAACCUUCUUAAUGCCUAAGUUUCCUAAAAUGUAGAAAUCUGUUGGAACUGUUCCAAAUAAGCAUGCCACCAAAGC